AUGGUUCGCAUCUCCGCCCUUUCGGCCGCCGGCCUCGCCCUCGCCGGCUGCGUCUCUGCUCACCCCGGCGAGCACCACAGCCAUGAGCACAUGAAGCGCAACAUCCAGCUCCGUGACAACGUCGCCGCCGUCGGCCAGCGCUCCCUGAACGCCUGCUCCAACACUGCUGGUGCUCAGGCCAUGAAGAAGCGCGCCGUUGAGCGCCGUGCCCAGAAGGUCAAGGACAUCCGCGCCGCCAAGGGCCUCAAGACCCCUGCCCGCAAGUACCGUCGUGAUGCGGACGCGCUCACCGCCUGGGAGGAAGUCAAUCACAACAUGACCGGCUCUAGCAACAACGGCAUCUUCACCCCCCUCGAGGAUGUAUUCAGCGCCAACACUUCCUGCGUCUUGGCUCCCGAGAUUACCGACGGCCCCUACUACAUCGUCGGCGAAAACAUGCGCUCCAACGUCAUUGAGCAAAAGUGGUGCGAUGGUGUCCCCGUCUUCCUCGAGGUUCAGUAUGUCGACGUCGCUACCUGCGACCCCAUUCCCCAGGUCGCCGUCGACAUCUGGAACUGCAACGCCACCGGUAUCUACUCCGGCAUCUCCACCAACGGCAACUACGCCGCCGACGGCAUGAACAGCACGUUCCUACGCGGCAUUCAGCUCACUGAUGCCGACGGUGUCGCCCAGUUCGAGACCAUCUUCCCUGGCCACUACCAAGGUCGCGCCACCCACACCCACUUGCUCUCGCACACCAACGCGACUCUGAUGCCCAACGGCACUAUCUCCGUCUGGAAUGCCCCCGUCAGCCACAUCGGCCAGGUCUUCUGGCCCGAGUCCAUUCGCUCCGCCGUCGAGGAGCUCUACCCCUACAACACCAACACGCAGGACGUCACCUCCAACGCCGACGACAUGUGGUCCAUCCUCCAGGCCGAUGCCUCCUACGACCCCUUCCCUCAGUUCGUCUACCUGAGCGAUGACCUCCAGGACGGUCUCUUCGCCUGGAUCCAGAUUGGUGUCAAUGCUUCCGCUGACUACACCGAUGACGACUACUACAACAUUGCCGGCUACCUUGAUGAGGAUGGUGGCCACUCCACUGGUGCCACUGUUGGCGGUGGCGGUGGCUCCGGCGGCCCCGGUGGCAACGGCACCAUGAGCGGCAGCCCUCCUUCCGGCACUGCUGCUCCCCCUUCGUAA